ACCGCGCGCAUGGGGGUGGUCUAGGUAUCCUUUGCUUUUCAGUUGCAGGUUCGAUCGAACUUGCCAAGAAGGGCCAGCUAUCUCGUCCCGCAUGUCGACAGCGAGGGAUGCCUGCUGCCAACCUCGUGCCCCGCGAGUCUCAGGGUUCUUCACCUGCGACGCUCUAUAAAGCGGAGCCGAGCGACGGCCAUGUUCGUGAGCCACUGUUCCAUCGAUCCCAGUUAAGCUCGAGUGUUCAAGUGCCCGAAGCCGAAGGGGAGACAGCUAGCGAGAAGGGGGGGGGGGGGGAUGGCGGAUGGCACAAGCUCCCGUUGCAUUGCGCUGCUCUUGCUCCUUGCAAUGGCGGCUCGAGCGGAUUCGGUCGUCACCGACGGCCUACUACCAAAUGGCAACUUUGAGGAAGGGCCGAGCAAGUCCGAGCUUAACGGCACGAUGGUGACGGGUCGCUACUCCAUACCGAACUGGGAGAUCUCAGGGUUCGUGGAGUACAUCGAGUCCGGGAAGACGCAGGAGGGCAUGAUCCUAGCGGUGCCCGAGGGCGCGCGGGCCGUGCGGCUGGGCAACGACGGGACCAUCCGGCAGCGGCUAAGCGUGACCCGGAAGACGUACUACUCCAUCACCUUCAGCGCGGCGCGCACCUGCGCCCAGGCCGAGAGGCUGAACGUGUCGGCUGCCCCGGAGUCCGGCAUCCUCCCCAUCCAGACCCUGUACACCAGCAGCGGCUGGGACUCCUACUCCUAUGCCUUCAAAGCCAGGCAUAGCACCGUGUGGUUCACCAUCCACAACCCCGGCGUCGAGGAGGACCCGGCGUGCGGCCCCCUGAUCGACUCCGUUGCCAUCAAGACCCUCCACCGUCCCCAUCGCGUCAAGGGUAAUAUGCUGAAAAACGGAGACUUUGAGGAGGGCCCGUACAUCUUCCCGAACUCCCCGUGGGGCGUGCUGGUGCCGCCGAUGGACGAGGACGUCGUGUCUCCGCUGCCGGGGUGGAUGAUCAUGUCGGACACGAAGGCCGUCAAGUACGUGGACGCGACGCACUUCGCGGUGCCGCACGGCUCCUACGCCGUGGAGCUGGUGGCCGGCACGGAGUGCGCGCUAGUGCAGGAGGUGAGCACACUGACCGAUCGGACGUACAAGCUGUCCUUCUCCGUCGGGGACGCGGCCAACGGGUGCAACCAGCCCCUGGUCGUGAAGGCGUACGCGGCGCGGUCGAGCCUGGAGGUGACGUACGUGUCCCAGGGCAUGGGCGGGAGCAAGCGCGCCGAGCUCGAGUUCGCGGCGGUCUCGAACCUCACGCGCGUGGUGUUCCAGAGCAUGAACCACUACAUGAAGCCCGACGGGACGCUCUGCGGGCCGGUCGUGGACGACAUCUCUCUCGUCAGCGUGCACAAGCACGCGGCUCGCCGGUUGUUCAUGUAGUUUACCGCGUGCCGCAUGGAAAAUGUAACAACUUGUCUCUGCUGGGCCUGGGAGUAGUACUGCGGUAGCCGACAAUGUGCAUGGCCAGUGAUAAUCUGCUCGAAUACCGGUCCUAGAUAUGAUGUUUUUAGAUUGAUUUUUUUUUUCACUUGACGAACGAACCCUGCGACCUCUUGCGGCUUAUGUGAGAGUCGAACUCGCAAAUAUAGUAGUUUACAUGCCCAUGCAGUUUGUGGGAGCCGAAGACAUCGGCCCUCGCGCGAAACUUUCUUAGCAUCUCA